AUGGCGGGGCUGGCGCUGCAGCCGCUCCCGCUCCCUACCGCUCCCGUUUCUCGCCGGCUCCCGCUCCACCGCGCACCCGGCUGUCAGCGAUCGCGUUAUGCUCGGCAACAUCGCUCAUCAGCGUCAUUUCCGAAACGCAACUGGGCAGAGAGACGGCCCAAUCCCAAUAGAACCGUUUUCUACCGCGGCGCCGGGCGGCGGCGGGCAGUUGGGGCUGAACACCAUCAGGUCGCUCUUGCCCGCGCCCUCCGCCACGCACAGGCUCCGGCUCUGCCGCUGCGAGUACGACCAGCUCCCCACUUGGCUGGCGCACACCAGCGUCGCCGGCCCGCGCCCCGACAGCGCGCCCGCCCGCGGCGCCCACCGCCACGCUCCGCACAGCACCACCGCCACCACCAACAGCCCCGACACCGCGCAGAUGGCCGCCACCAGCCACGCGUUCGUCGACGACGACAACGACGACAAGGACGACAAGGACGACGAGCCACCCUCCGCGCCCGACGACGCCCGCAGCCCCGGCGACCCCGCGCCCGACGCCGCACGCCGCCUCGCCGCCCUCCCCCAGCGACACGCUCAGCGUGGCCGUGGCCGAGCGCGCCGGCUCCCCGUGGUCCCGCACCACGAUCACCAGCCUCUGCCGCGGGCCGUCCGCCUCCUCCAGCGCCCGCGCCGUGCUCACCUCGCCGCUGUACAGCCCCACGCGGAACGGGCCCUUCCCCCGCGGCUCCCACACCUCGUAGCGCAGCCACGCGUUGUAGCCCGAGUCCGCGUCCACCGCGCGGAUCUUGGCCACCACCUGCCCCGCCGGCGUCCCCCACGCCGCCCACGCCCACAGCGAACCCGACGACUCUCCCGACACCGACUCCCAGACCGACGACGACCGGCCCGACGCCCCGGCGCCCGCCCCGACGCCCGCGGCCGGCAGCAGCGACGGCGCGUUGUCGUUCUCGUCCAACACCCACACCUGCACCGUCGCGUUGCCGCACAGCGACGGCUCCCCCGCGUCCACCGCACGCACCUCGAACUCCAGCACCUGCACCUCCUCGUAGUCCAGCGGACGCAGCGCCCACACGCGACCGCUCUCCGCCUCCACCGACACGUAGCUCGACGCCGAAACCACUCCCCCGACCGCCCCCGCGCUCCGCCCCCGCCGCGUUGUUCUCCCGCGCCAGCACCGUGUACACGGCCUGCGCGAACGCCGGCGCGUUGUCGUUCACGUCCGACACCGGCACCCGCACCUGCCUGCUCCCGACCAGCGCCGGCGCCCCGCCGUCCUCCGCACGCACCUCCACCUCGUACUCCGACACGCGCUCCCGGUCCAGCGCCUCACGCACCACCAGCGAGUACGACCCCGACACCGACGACACCAGACCGAACGGACUCGCCGGCCACACCGAGCAACGCACGCGACCGUUCGACCCCGAGUCACGGUCCCACACGCUCAGCACCGCCACCACCGUCCCCACCGACGCGUCCUCCGGCACCGGCACGGACAGCGACGUCACCCGCACCUCGGGCGCGUUGUCGUUCUCGUCCAGCACCUCCAACAACACGGUGCAGUGA